AUGAAUUUAGCACUUGGCAAUGCGAUCUACGCGGAACCUGCAUGCUUGACUCUUCCACAACAUUUGAGCCACGUGAUCGAAAUCGCGUACAUGGUGCGAGUCGAUUACGUAAUCCAUGGCCGCGCCUUUUUGUUCGGCCAGAAUUGCAAAAGGUUUUGCGAAAAGUUCUCAGUCCUUUUCGUGCUUUACCGCCAACUCCGGCUCAGCUCAAGCUCGCUACUGCUCAACUCGCGCUCUUCAGAGAAUCUGAACGAGCUCGUUCUCCACUCCACGGUCAUUGAGAAAGCAUUAAUGAACGACUUAUCGAUUCAAAAUGAGGAACUUGCGACUUUGGCUGGAAUAGAGAAUUGCAAGGAGCUGGAAUUCCGGAAUCGAGGCUUUUCGGACUCUUCUGGUUGCUCUUCUGACGAAAAGGCUCCUUCUUCGCAGCCAAUCGCGAUCGCCGAUGGCGCUGGAAGUCGUCGAGCUUCGCAAUCGUCAGCCAAGGGGUCUACUCGUUCCAGGAAUAAUUCCAAAGCCGAGUCAACUGGGGUCUCCGUCGGAUCUUCCGGAGUAGGAUCUCUUCAGAAAGUUCCGCCUGCCACUGCUUUCAAGGACUUCUGCAAGAAAGGCUUUGGAGACCGGAAAUCUCGCGCCGCUCAAGGUCGCGGCCUCGCCAAGAAACAAGGCGGCGGCGGCUCGUUUACUUGGGGCAAGCCAGGUUGCGAGCUCGAUGAUCGAAAUAAUGUCUCCGUCAACGUAGAUGAUCCAAACUACGACCCCUUUCAGGACCCGGACAUCGUCUUCGACUCACUUGAAAUCGAACCGAGCACGGAGGAGAUCGCCAGCGAACUGGAGCAGUGCAUCGGCGAAUAUUUCAAUACUGCCGAUCAAGCUGCUUUCUUAGAACAAGUAGAAGGGAUGAUGAUCAAGAACAACCGCUCAUUCGUCCUAGAACAGCUUCUCGAGUCCAGCCUAGAACAAAAGAACGAAUACCGUGAACUAGCCUCAAAAGCUACCAAAUACUUCUUCGAUCUUCAGUACUACGACGUCAUAACCGUAGCUCGUGGAUUUAGCGUGUUGCUCGAUCGACUGGCAGAUUUAAUCUUGGACACUCCUGAAGCGCCCGAAAUUCUAGGAAAAUUCAUUUCGCGAUCAAUUCUUGAUGGCUGCUUGCCGGACAACUUCAUUUCCGAGGAGCUUAGAGGCGCCGGGAGUCUUGUUCGAAGAUGCCUUGAUUACUCGUCUGCGCUGAACAAGGAUCCGAGGAGCGUCGAGACUUGCUGGGGAACGGCGAUUGGCGGCUUCACCGACACUUCAGUGCUCACCGAGAAGAUUCGCGAGCUUCUCAAAGAGUUUCUCUCUUCGGGCGAUAAAGAUGAGGCGUCGAAAUGUCUACGCGAGCUUGACGUUCCUCAUUUCCACCACGAGCUCGUUUUCGAGGCGAUUUUGAUCGCGAUGGAAGCCGAAGACGAGAACGUCAUUAACCAAAUGACAUGGCUUUUACAAUACAUGUUCAAAGAGGGAGUUUUAUCUGUCGACCAGAUGCAUGCUGGAUUCAGCCGAUUCUACGCAAACAGAAGCUCGUUUUCCGCGCUGCCCAACGGAAGAUCAUUUCGAAAAAAUCGAACUGAUGUGUCCGAACAGAUCACGCAAACGAUUUUCCUCCGAAUCCGACGCCAGCACCGUCUUUGGCCGUUCCAGUCGAAUGAAUAA